UCUGUUGAAUAUUGAUAAGAGUGUUGCAUACGAACGACGCAGAAAAUGAGCGAGAUUGCGGUUUCAAACACUCUGCACACCAUAACCUCAGAAUGUUGCAAACUCGAUACUUUGCCAAUCAAGCUGUCAGAGCCAUGUCGACUCUGCGGUUGGCUCUUGCCCAGCUAUCAGUUGGCGAUGAUAAGGAGGCAAAUAUAAACAAAGCAAUUUCUUUUAUUACUAAAGCCAAAGAAAAAGGGGCUGACAUUAUUACUCUCCCAGAAUGUUUUAAUUCUCCAUACGGCACAGAUCAUUUUCCAAAAUACGCCGAGACCAUUCCAAAAGGUGCAACAUGCAUCGCACUAGCCGAUGCCGCCAAGAGAAAUGGAAUAUACGUGAUUGGUGGAACGAUACCAGAAAAAGACGGUGACAAAUAUUACAAUACUUGCACCGUUUGGAAUCCAAAAGGAGAGCUUGUUGCCAAGCAUCGCAAAGUACAUUUAUUUGACAUCGACAUCAAGGACAAAAUAACUUUCCGAGAAAGCGAUAUUCUUAGCCCGGGUGAAACUUUGAACACAUUCGAAGUGAAAAAUUGCAAAAUCGGCCUGGGCAUCUGCUACGACAUUAGAUUCGAAGAAAUGGCAAAACUUUAUCGUAAGCAAGGCUGCUCCAUGCUCAUUUACCCUGCUGCUUUCAACAUGACGACUGGUCCAUUACAUUGGUCGCUGUUGCAGCGAGCAAGAGCCAACGACAACCAGCUUUAUGUAGCUUGUGUGUCGCCCGCGAGAGCCGGUGGUCCCGGUUACAUCGCUUGGGGACACACAAUGCUCACAAGCCCAUGGGGCGAGGUGCUUGCGGAGCUCGAGGCUAUCGAGGACAUGAUAGUUAAAGAUAUCGAUUUGAAAGUUAUCGAUGAAGUUCGAUCACAAAUACCGAUUUUCAACCAAAGGCGUAAAGACCUUUACGAUACGUUGUGGCUGAAAAGCUGAGACUAAUAAAGCUUUUAACUUUUUCAAGACAAUAAAGAGUGGUAUUUUUCUAAAAAACAUUGAAAAGGUAUAUAACUUGUUAACUAAAGAUACAUUUUUAGCAAGUGUAUGUUAUUGUGUUUACGAGCGAAUAAUGGCACAAUUUUUUUUAUGUCGAUGUUAUUUUAUAUUUUGCAAUAAAUAAUUUACAAUGAUUUUAUUUUUCAUAAAAGGCCACUUGAUGAUUAUAUGACGCAAUAUAUGUACGAAUAUAUAUUAAUAUAUAUUUAACUUGCUUGAAGUUGUCUCAUGACAUGCUCAUGAUUUUAUUUUAGAUUAAAAUUUUCACAGGUACUGAUAUAACGCUUUUAGGGUGGUCUCUUCAGAUUUCCCAGAGUUUGGCAAUAAUAGUUAGUGGUAGAUCAAAUUUACAAGAAAUACUUGAUGAAUAGUUACGCUAAUUUUAUCAAAGUACAUGAUCCACAUGUGCUGAUUAAAUCUAAAUCUUUCAAAUUCUAACAUUUGCCAGUUUGUCUGAUUGUAAAUAUUUGGAGCAACUUGUUUUAAAAUUUUUAAUCAACUUUUGCAACAUAUUUAAAAUAUUUCAAAUUUUACUUUUUUUUUAUUAAAUGAAAAUUCUUUUUAAUUACUUAUAUAUUUCAUGUUCAUGCAUAUUUUUUCAUGUAUAUAAAUUCAGUGUAAUAAAUAACAUAACAAUGCUAAAUCAGAUUAUUUAAAAGCAGGAAAAUUACGUAGUUGAAAUUUAGCGAAUUAAAUCUUUUGAAAGUCCUCGUUUUAAAUAAAAAUAUACUAAAUGGAAUAAAAUUGUGUCUGUACUUUAACACAACCGUAAAAUUGAAAAAUGUUAUUUACUAUCGUAAGCACCAAUGAAUUUCAAAGACUAUAAGCUCAACUUACUUUAAACUAUGUGAAGAAUUUUUAAAAAUUUAAAAGUAUUCGAAUAUUGAAUGAUUAAUUUUUUAUCAUCAGCAGUUAAAAUUUAAUUUAACUAUUAUAUAAAGUACGAUCCAAAAUUAUAUGUAUUAUUCGUAAAUCAUUUAAAAGGCAUAUUUGUAAGAUACAUUUUUUCAUUUUAGAAAAAAACGGAUAAUCGACACUCUUCGUAUUUACAAGUUUUUAAACGUCGUUCAUUCCUAUUAUUUGUUGCAAAUGAAUCUGUAUCUUUCUUUAAUAACAGGCGUUUGAAAUACAUUUAGUUUCUUGGAA